AUGUUCCCUUCGCAGGCGGCUAAUUUUAACAUUGAGGCCCUUAGCGGCAUCUGCGGAUCUAUUUCUAUUGCCUGCUGGGUUGUCGUUUUCUCCCCUCAGAUCAUCGAGAACUUCCGACGUGGCUCUGCAGAUGGCCUCUCUCUCAUCUUCCUCAUCAUCUGGUUGGCUGGCGAUGUGUUCAACAUCUUAGGUGCCGUCCUACAAGGCGUGCUCCCUACCAUGAUCAUCCUUGCAGUGUACUACACUCUAGCAGAUAUCGUUCUGCUGGGCCAGUGCUUUUACUACCGUGGGUUCAACCUCAGGGAGGAGCUAUCCCCCUCUACCACACCGGACCUUUUCGCAUCCAACGGUACUACAGAUGCGGAGCUGCAUGGCGCCGAUCAAGCAGCACCAACAGAGAGAUCAGCCCUCAUCCCAAAGUCCAGCGGCCAGGCCCAGACUCAAGACCCAGCUACAAACAUAACUGGACAGCAACCCCAAGCCGGGCCACACCCACCCUCCGCCGGAAGACGGCACUCAGCAGCGUCGUACCAUGAUCUCUUCCACUCAUCGGUAGACGCCACCCAUCUAUCACCCGCAACGCCCUUCGUGGAACCCACCUCCGAUUCCGCGGAACUGCGUGCUCAACGCGCCCGCCGUCGCCGCAUCUCCGCCCUCCAAUCCAUCCUGUUCAACUCCACGGCUGUCGCUCUAGUCUGUGCUGCGGGUGUGAUGGGCUGGUUCGUCAGCCCGGCAGCAAAGUCAUCAUCGCCAGACCCGGAACCUCUCACCAUGGACGUUCUGGGUCAGGUAUUUGGUUAUUUCUGUGCAGUCUUGUAUCUUGGCUCACGCCUGCCCCAGCUUCUCUUGAAUUACCGCCGCAAAUCAACGGAUGGUGUUUCACUGCUGUUCUUCCUCUUUGCUUGCAUCGGGAACUUGACUUAUGUGCUCUCUAUUCUGGCAUACUCGCCUAUUUGCCAUGGGUCUUCCGAAGAGGUUCUGGGCCACCGCCGUCACCGUGCGCAUUGUCGUCCUGGUGAGCUAGCUGCGCUGUAUGGCCGGUAUAUCUUGGUGAACUUGUCCUGGCUGGUUGGUAGUGCUGGCACGCUGCUGCUGGAUAUGGCGAUCUUUACACAAUUCUUCCUGUAUCGCGAUGGCAAAAGUGAUGAGGAGGAGGAAGAGUAG